AAAACAAACCAUUUACCUAAAAUAAAAUAAUUGUAACUUUUCUUUUGUUGAUUUUUUUGGAACACAAAGUUUCUCUGAAGGCAAUGACAUGUAAAUUCCGUCUCAUUUUGGGCCUUCCAGUCAACAAAUUUACUAUAUUUAGGUUGGAAUGAGUCAGAUGGGUCACCUCUCACCCAAAUAAUGAGUGUAAAUGAAUCACUGAGCUGUUCAAGUUUCCCUAACCCAACAAAGGAAGAGCAAGUGCUUAUUAACAAGUGAGACACGCGCUGAAUAAUGUGUCCGCUGUGAGAGGCAGCACCCGGAAUCCAUGUGGUUCACUUCGUCAAGGUUAAAUAACGCUGGUCUGACUAACGGCAGACGCUCAGGCUGUUUUUUUUUCCUGCACAGCCAUUCAGUCAUGGACACAUUGCAAAAGCAUUAAGUGAGUAGAGAGGUGGAGCUGCUGCAGAUGGUGUGGGAGGGAAAGGAGGAGGAGUAGAACCGUAUAAAUGGGGGAGAAAGACCGGAAUAAGGCAAAAGCAAAGAAAACACAAAGAUAAGAACUUACGGAUAAAAAAGAAAAAAACUUUCGCAACAGCCAACUGUUGGAAUUUACCCUCUGAUGAACUCCAGGACAACAUCUGCCAUGAGAAAUCUGUGCUUCCUUGUCAUAAUCUCCGGCCUGCUUCCCCUCAGAGGAUCCAGUCCUCUGCCUACAAUGUCUGGAGUCCCAGAGGAUCACUCCAGGUUGAUCACAGAGGAUUAUAACAACUUGGAGGAGGAAACUUCUGCACCCGCGUCCACACAUGGCCGUUCCUCACAGCUGUGCGACUACAAUCCGUGUCGUGAAGAUCAAAUCUCCUGUGAGGAGCUCAGGUCAACCGGCUGCUUGUGCCCGUGGUUCACGGAGGAGGAUGAGGUUCCAGAAGCGCCCACCCUCAAAACAGUGUCCUGGAACGGCUCAGAGGUGGUGGUUCGGUGGUGUGCCCCCAACUCCCACGUCAAAGCCUACGUAGUGACAGUUGGAGGACAGGAGAAGCAGGAACUGGGAUGGGACAAGCGGAGCAGCGCGGUGGACGGGAUAAGGCGUAAAGCAGAAGUCUGUGUGGUGGCCAGGAAUGAUGCUGGAGACAGUCAGGGGUCCUGCAUGGUGUACCAGCCUACGGACAGCAGCCUGCUUCUGACGGCGGGGCUCAUUGGCGGGGGACUGGGCUUCCUGCUGCUCCUCCUGCUGGCCGUCCUGCUGUGGAGGAGCAGGAGACAAAAGAGACAGGAGGCCCACGUUUCCAUGAGGAACACAGACGGCAGACACUGAACUCCAGCAUAUUGAAAUAAUGAGGCCCCACAGGAGCCACAGGCCCUCUGCGCUUUGUGCUAACCUGUUAUUUUUCAAUUACUGGUGCAGUAGCCAGUAAUUUAGUAGUUUAAGACUUUCCAUAAUCUGAACUUCUGAACAUUCUAUUAAUAAAACAGUUGACAGAAAAUGAAAAGUCGACGAAAACCCAGUGGUAUGUAGUUGAUCCCAGAUUUAUGUUUUUAACUCUGUCAUCGUCUUUAAGCACAAUUUUUUAUAAAAGUAUUUAUUUUAUUGUUAUGAAAACAUCGAUUUCUCAUGAUAUGACUACUUCAAUAUUUCUUUUAAAUUUCUCUGUGAGAGUUGCAUCAUGUACAGUAAAGUGAUGGAUUGUAAAAUCAUGAAAUGAGUUUUUGUUUUGGAACAAAUAUGCUGUUACACAUUCUCACCAAUUAAGGGAGAAAAAAUAUAAAGAAAAUUUAAAAAAAAA